AAAUAUCUGCAAGAUGGUGGGGAGGUUUGCGGCAGAUUUGUUGCCAUUCGGUGCAAGUGAGUAUAUGUUCACAUUUCUACGGUUGCGAUGGCGGAGGAAAGGAAGAAGCCCAGAGACAACGAUGUCGUCGAAAAGUACCGCGACAUGAUAGCUGAACGGCGUUAUUUGGGUGCGAAACUUGCUGAAAUGGAAAUGGAUUUGGAGGAACAUCGGCUGGUGACAGACACACUGAAGGGAGUUGACAGUUCAAGGAAAUGUUACAGAAUGGUCGGAGGUAUACUGUGCCAGUUAACUAUUAAAGAUGUGUUACCUAUUCUUGCCAGUAACGCUGAACAGUUGGUGAAAUUCAUUGAAGAUGUCACUGAUGAUGUAAAGGGAAAGGAUAAAGAAAUAAAAGCAUAUAGACAACAAUUUAGUGGUGACCUAAAGGAACAGGAUCAUAGUGCUGGAGAGAUUACGGAUGGCCCAAGACAUCGUGCAGGUGGUGUUCUUGUUGGCAAAUCAUAAGCCAAAGCAUGUAUUUAAACGUGUGUUAAUGACAAAUACCUGGACACUGUGCAAUAUUUAUCAUUUCUCUUGCAAUGAAAUUGAUGACUGUUGUAAAUAAUAAUAGCCUACAGGCAUUGCUUUAAAAUUUUGUUGGAGGUUUUUAUGCUGUUCUUUUGUUUUAUAUGAAUCUGUUAAUUUCUCUGUUAACUUAAUUACAGAAAUGCUUGUAAGAUACCUUCAGUUACUUUGCGUCCAGAAAUAACUUUAAGCAGCAUUAUAAAACAUUUUAAAGUGAACCUAGUCGUACAUUGCCAUCUGUCUUCCACCAUCAGUUACUUCUGUGUAUACCGUUACUUCAUUUAUUCUUAAACACUUUUAUGUUUAGUGGUCAUUUUGAGAUUUGAUGGUUUUUGUGUUGACUACUGUGUUUCCACAAUCAUUAAAUGCUGAAUAAAAAGUUGUAUGUGGUUUUA